AUGGCUCUUUCAGGGUCGAAGGAGUUCGUCGAUAUGCUGCUAGCUCGUGAAUUUACAAGUGCUGAUGAUCAGGUACUUAUUAUGAAUGGUUGUGAUGUUAGUGGGCAUAGUUUUAAAGCGAAUGGUUUCGCAAAGCCCGUUUUGGUACGAUCAAAAGACGGCCUAAGAAUUAAGGUCCCGCUAGACUCAUUCUCUCAUACAGAUUUAACCAGGUUUAUAGAUCCUAGUAUUCAGGUUGAUGUCAUCGACGUCCGUCAGCAAGUCGAAAUACAAAUGACACUCCAAGAGCUAGUUGAUCACUUUUCCUCACCUCGUCGACAAGUAUUGUUAAACAUGCUGAGUCUGGAGUUUUCAAGAACCAGCCUGGCAAAGUUUGUACAUCCUCCGCAUGUCGUUUCGGAACUCAGCCUUGUCACAACCUGUUGGCCGGAAGAUGACCCUAACGACCUUAAAGAUAUCGAAUUUGUCGGCGAGACUGCACCAAGUGUCCAGAAAUACUGUCUUUUAAGUAUGAAAGGCAGUUAUACUGACUUCCAUAUAGAUUUCGGUGGAUCAUCUGUUUGGUACCAUAUUAUGUGGGGUGAAAAAGUGUUUUACUUGAUGCCGCCUACACCCGAGUUUGUUUCUGCUUAUUGGCGAUGGUGUAUGAGCAGCAAUCAUAGGGCGACAUUCUUCCCAGACUUUGUGGCUAGUCUUCGGGAGCAAGAAUCAACUAGUAACGUAAAUAGACCUACAGUGUACUGCCUUCACAUUUUACCCGGCCAAACAGUCUUCUUGCCAUCUGGUUGGAUCCACGCUGUUUACACGCCUUCUGACUGUCUAGUUUUUGGAGGAAAUUUCCUGAGUGGAUUGCAUGUAUCUAUGCAACUCAGAAUUUAUCGCAUGGAACAAAAAUGCAAAACCCCAAUGAAAUUUCUGUUCCCUAAUUUUGAGAAAGUUCACUGGUUUUAUAGCCAAUGUCUCCUGGACAGACUAACUAACAACUUAACUGAUGGCGAAAAUCCCGUUAUUUUCGACGUAGAGGCGGCUGAAUGCUUAGCUAAAGUUCUUCCUUUGUGGUAUUCUAAAAGACAUUUGCUCCCACCAGAAGAAAGAGAUUACUUUCUUCCGAAUCAAAGUCAGUUAGACAUGUUAUGUCCAAGUCUCAUUGAAAGACUGUCUGAGGUCGUAAAUUCAAUAUUAUCACAUUCAACAAAAAACUCAGGUUUUUUAGCAGAUUAUUCCAAAUCAGAGAUAUUUUCAAAGCAUUCCAAAUCGAAUGGACGAGCAAUUAAAAGCUUCUCAAAUGCUAAAAGUAUAGAAUGUUUGAACCGUGAGUUAGGUAAGGAAACUAACUGGGAACUUAAAGAUAGACAUACUGGAGGUCUAGGCUGGAUGCCAAAUAGACAAACUUAUUCCCAAAAUUUACGUGAACCAAAGCGCUUGAAAAAAGGAAAUGAGAACGAAAAACACGAGAUUACUGAUGAUGUAGAUAUCCUUGAAGCACUACCGGGUUUGGAAAAAAGUCGAUUAAUCGGAGACCAUUAUUAUUUGACAUUAAGUGACUCAGAAAGUGAUGAUGGCGAUAACGCUAAGAUGAAAUCAAAAGCUGAAUGUUCGGUAACAAAAAGACAGAAGGGGAUAUCUACUCUAUACCAAGCAAGUAGGAAGAGAAAAACCAAGAAUGAUGACGAUGAUCCAACAUGGAGUAUGCCCAGUAGGUUGAAUAUUUGUUUUUGCUAUGUAAAAAGAUUCACUAGGUAAUUUACUCGCCUCUAUGUGAGCAUUUGUUAAUAUUUGAGCGAAUAGUCUGACAAAAAUUGGGCUCCCAGUGUAUAAAGGAUAUUCUAUGUAAAAAAUGUAUUAAAAUGAUCUCAUCGAUUGAAAUUUGAAUAAUUCGACUAUUCGCAUUAAUCAAGUUUAAACCAGAGUACCAGAUGGAGCGUAUUACUUAACUUCGACUUGCAAAAAUCUGUCUUCAUUUUCUAAUGCGGACGUUCUACCAUUGAUCACUGGCUGUCAUUUAAACAAUAUGUGUUACAAAUUGCAAUUCUUGAUAUAGUUGAGAUUGUUUAGUUCCAUUAUUUUUAGGGAUUAACAAUAACAUUUAAGUAAUUUUUACUGCAUACUAAUUGUGAUUAUUUGUGAGCAUUCGUUUUUGAUUCGAGACAUUUUGUAGUCAUACAAGCCAUAACUUUUUGCAAGAACUUUGUGUAUUUUCUUUGAGGAACGAGUUAUUUUCAUAUACCAAAAGUAUUUCUGUAAGUUCAGUUAUAUUGGAGUAGAUUGGGUGGUAUUUUUCCUGAAAUCUGCCACAACUCGUGCAUUCACUAGUUGAGUUUGACGUAACUGAGAUACCAUGCAAUUGUUUCGCUUUACAAAUGUUAACAGUAAAUUAUGUCGUUUCCGCUUUGUUGAAGUAAUUAAUGUAAGAUGUUUUUCCAGUAGAAAUCAUGUAUCAAUCCAAAAAGUUCGUUCAUACUCUAUAAGUUCUUAUCAUUUCACUCUUAUCUGUAUAUAUAACUUUAGCAGUUAAGGCGUAUUGUUGAUGAAUUUUAACUGUUAUAGUAAAGGAAUUUAUCAGUCUAGAACUAGAUCAUUAAUAUGUUAACUUGUAUUUAUGGUUAGUUCAUACUGGCUACUCUCAUCAACACCUACCAAUAAGGUUAAUAAAUUUUAAUUAGUAUAAGUUUCCAUCACUAUCAUAAUUCUUUCCGAAACAAGAAAAUCAGAAAGGGUUAAAAACGUAAUUUUUCACGUAAAUAGUAUUAGAUUAUCUAUUCCUAGAAAAUGGAGGAGUGAUUACCAGUGAAUCACUCCUUCUGAUUCUAAAGUGUGUCAGUUAACGUAUCUGACCAUCAGUUUAUGCUUUCCUAUGUAUUGUUAUAGUUUGGGCAUUUCAAUGCAGUGUUGACCAGACUUACAGUUCAAACCUUUCCACUAAUUUAGCAAUCUUCCCAGUCUAUUAUUUCAGUUGAUAGAAUUUAUCAGGUUUUUUAAUUGUCAGAUUUUUUAAAACAUAUCCCAAUAUACUCAGUUGUCAUUUACUUACAUCCUCCAAUUGAACAUUGAAAUUACUGUUAGCUUCCAUCAGUUUUUGAAAGUAUUAUGAAGAAAGCUCAAGAGGUUUAAGUGUUCUCAGAAGAUGUUACGGUUUAUAUUAUCAAAAAACUAUAAGUUACUAUAUCUCAAUAGCUAAGUGCAUCUACGACCACCAGAAUAUAAAUUGUUGUUUUUCUUCCUGUUACAUUUAAAGAUUUUCUGUAAUGUAUGUAUGCAUAUAUAUAGUAUGACAUCUGGUUGUGGUACAAGGUAAUCGAGCUUUAAUAUAAUCUUCUUCGGUCUACAGGUUUGGAAGUAAGAAUCUUUCCAUAAAGCUAACAGUAAGUAGUAUUCCUUUCACAUAGGUGUAGAAAUAAAUUCUCAUCUACCUACCUUUAACUAUGUAAGUAUUUAGUCAAUCUUCAAGCACAGUGGAAACGGAAAUAUAGUUAUAAACACAUAUUCUGUUAUAUCUAGAAGGUUGUUCCCUUGAUAUACCGCGUAUAACUGAGCACCAGAACACCAAAAGCCUUCCAAGUCGCAAGGAGAAGACAGAAGACUAAUGAAAGGAAUAUUAUUCCAAACGGUGUCAAUUAUAGUACAAAAUUGUCAAGGAUUUAUAGAUUUUAGUAAGAACGAAAUCAUCAUUACAGUCCUCCAAUCCGCAUACAGGGGGUUAUUAUCAUUGUUCAAUCGGGAAGCUACAUGUUGGAAUUCUAGAAUAUUCUACCGAAAAGUGAUUGGAUGGAAUAUCUUCGGCUCCUUCUGAGCCUCCUACAACUUCCUCGAGUUCACCCGUGGUCCGUCGUCACAUAUUCUAUUAAUCUUACUCCUAUUUUCAAUAGUCUUUUAAAUUGUAGAAAAUGUCUUGUCUAUUCUGAAAAUAAUAUGUUUCUAGUUUAACAUCAGCAAUUGGUUGUACAUUUCUCUUUUUCUACAUUAUUUUACUUUACAGGUCCUACACGUCGUAGGUUUGGUACAACUGAAUGGAAGUCAAAGAGUUCAAGACUUGUUGUUUCUAAUUUAAAAAGAGAUAAAAAGUCAUUGGUAAAUGCUUCUGUGUUUAACUAAUAUAAUUUUUGACUAUUCAACGGGAUAUCCUAUCCACAAAUGAUACUAUUGGGACAUAUUUAAAUCAGUCUAGAUCAUGUAAUAAUUAAUUUGUUGGUAAAUAUCCAAGCUCUAUUUUCUGUUGUUAUCAUUAUUUGGUUUUAUAAACACUAAGUAUGACAAGAGCAAUAUAAACUGUAAAUUUAUUAAACUAGUCAAAGUAUUGAGGUUAUCUAACACUCGAUCCACUUAGCUAGUAUUUUUGGUUUGAUGAAGAUGACAACUUGAGGUAACCCAUUCAGAGUUCUUUAUUCUUUCCGAUUCCUUUUAUAGAACGUGAUGAGUCAAUGAUUACAACUGACCACAUUCAGGCGGUUACUCCGUGCUAUGUUGUUGAAAUGUAGCUUAUUCACUGUUGAUGUUUUUUCAAUGUUCUUCUUCACUUGUUUUAGCCUUUGUUUUUGAGAACUUAUCACUAAAUCCUUUAUCGUCGUGGCUACUAUCAAACCGCUUAUUCUAAUAAGUUUAAACAAUUAUGAACCGUCUAUUACGGUUUCUUAUGCAUUAGAGUGGCUACACAACUCACAUGAACAAGCACAAGGAAAUCCCUGUUAUAUUCUAAAAAAAACCGUCAACUCUGCCCCCAACAAAUAAAAAAUAGAGAAAGAAUUUUUCCUCAACCUCUACAGGCGAUAACAGUAAAAAAUACGUUGACACUUAUAGAGAAAUCAGAAGCGUACUUGAGAACUAUUCAACAAGAACACGAGCUGAAAAACGCCAGCUUCAAACUAAUAGUACACAUGCGCCAUAGGAUCCUAAAGAAGUAAAUCGCUUAUGAACCUACUUUUUCUUUUCACUACCAUGAUACUACACAUCCUUUCAUUGCUCUAUCUUUUUUAUGGAUUAGGCCUUUACGUUAAAAGGUUUAGAGAAUGGUCGUGUCAUAGUCUGCAUAUAAGUCAUAACAUUAGGAAUUUUAUUUAUUAGAACAAUGCAGUAGUGCAAACUGUCUCCGUGUGCAUAGAAUGCAUGACUUUUUGUUAUUGAACACUUCACUUUUCAUUUAUUUUCUACAGCACCCUCUACUCAGUGAAGUGAAUCCAUCAUCAUCAGGAUCGAGUGCUUUGAAACCCAGAGAUACUUCAACAUUGAGUCUGCAUAUGACAGUAAAUGCACAAAAACCACGAACUAAACGCAAUACAACAGUUAGACAACGUCUUGCUAAACGUUUAGGUAUUUAAUUCAUUUUAGUAAAGCAUGGAUGUUAUUCAUUUACACAUUGUCUAUUUGUGUGCUUAUCAUUUACAAGUUUACUAAUAUUAUUCAAUACUAUCAGUGGUAACCCUGAUUUUUUUACUUUUUUCUACCUACAUAUAUAAAGUGAAUUAUUUGGACCCUAUAAAUUUGUAAAAAUUAUUUCCUCUCUACUAACAAUAUCUAUAUACAUGUACACAUAUACACACUCAAGUUAGCAAUUCUUAUCCGAAUGUAGUAUAAUAUGAUCGUGAUCCAAGGAAUUUUUCAAAUAACUUCAGUUUUACUAUUGUUAUUACUAGCUGUAGUAGCGGUAUUACUAUUAACAAGUGCAGCAUACUUAUCAUGCAUACAAUGACCUUUUUAACCAUACUUCAAAUAGUUCUGAGUUAUUUUUAUCCUUAAUUGUUCACUAAUAAUGCUAUUCAAUUUGUGUCCUAUACUUUUGUCUCCUUAUUUUAGUUAUAUUUUAAUUUUGAGAAAUGUAAACUUCAAUUGCAUUUAUGUAUAAUCAUGCUGAUUAUGAAAUAGUUAAAUAACUGACUGUUUCCCUCCAACCUCACUCAUUUCUUUGUGUAAUUUCAUUUAUUCCACCUUAUCAUUAUUCACAUAUCUCAUCCUCAUUUUCUAUAGAUUUCCAGGACCAUUCAUGGGAUAUGUUAUUAGGUAUAUUCUCUUGUUUAUCACGUUUGCUUUUUAGUGAUUUUCUUGGUUACUUGUUCACUGAUAUGUGUGUGUAUUUUGUAAUACUACGUCAUUUACUUACUUUGUUAUCGUUUUUUUGUUACUACUGUUGUUUUUUUUUUUUACUUUACGUACAUGUUUUUAUAAAUAUUUGUUUAUUUGCAUACAAAUGGAACUAAUAAUGUUUUCCCAGUUUUCAUUCAUUGUUUACCUAGCUCAUUAUUUUUGAAAUGUUCAUUGGUCUUUGUUAAAAAAGUAUUUUUAUCAUUAGGUUUUAUGUAAAUUGUUUUUGGUUGAAAUAAAUAUUGUUAUAUUAAUAUAUCAUGAACAUGAC